AUGGUGGAGGAGAACACAUUCUGUGUUGCAGCCAUUUCGGGAUCAGCACUUGCCGGAGAGUUUGAAGAUUCGAAGCUUCUUAAUAAGCUCCUCACAGAAAAGAACAAGGAGACUGGUUGGGAUACGCCGAUUCGAAUUGAUGCUGCCUGUGGAAGGAUGUCAGGGGUGCCUCUUGUGGCCUUUUCUCUGAAGUACAGUAGCAAGCAUUCUGCGUUUAAAAUAGCUGAGAGUCUGAGAAGGUUUGGGUGGAUAACUCCAGCCUAUACCAUGGCAGCUGAUGCCCAAAAAAUUGCUGUGCUUUGUGUGGUGGUCGGGGAAGACUUCAACUGGAAUCUAGCAGAGAGCCUUGUCUCGCACGUUGAGCAAGUUUUGAAGGAAAUGGAUUCACUUCCUGGCCGGGUUGCAGUUCAAGCAGUGCACAUUGGCUACUGUCAUCGAAACACGAGAGAACACAGAACGGAAGAAGGCCUGUUAAAAGAGUAUAAGGGUAGCACAGGAGGAAAUCAACCUGUUCUGGAGGCGGCUUGCCAGUGGCAGGAAAACUGGAGUCUGCUAAUUGAAUAUGAGGAUAAUAUGAUUCAAGGGUUGAAGCUAAAACCAUGGAACAAGCACCCAACAAAGCUCCGUGAUUCAGUCAGUGCGUGA